CAGUGUUCCCGUAAAUCUUCGUCGGUCAGCAUCGCGAUCAAGCUACUUACCGUACCGCGUCGUUUUCGAAGUGUCCUUGUAUAGUUUAUCACUGCUUGGCGCGACCGGUGUCCGAUCGGUGUUUGCGUUACGAACUUUUCGAGUGCUGUAUUCGAGUGAUUCGGUGAAAAGUAGAUAAAAAAAGUAUAUAUAAUCACACUAUCUGCUAGUUUCGUGAAUCGUGCUCACAGUGAUAGUCUUCGUCGUUUGCCAGUUUUGUCCCGAAACUCGCUGGACACGUCAGCGAAUCGAGUGCCGAUCUCUCCCCGAGUCGAUCGCAACUCUCAUGCCAUGCGUGAUACACUUUCACAGUUUUUCACUUCAGCAGCAGCAGCAGGUCAUGGCAGUCGGAAAAACAGCUCAGACUCCGAUAAUAGUUUUCCAGGACAUAAUGUGUCAAUUAAAGACGUAUCAAAGACAGACUGGAAUUCCCAAAAUGGGAACGGAACCAAGGAUCCCAACGGGAGUAUCGGGCGGGGGACGUCCGAAACGGCAGAGACCGACUCAUCAGGGACCGGGGGGAUGCGGGACUCGCUGGAGGGGACGGGCUCAACGCAGAACGACCUUAUUCACCUCAAGAGACGGGUGGGACUCUUCAGUGGGGUGGCUUUAAUUGUCGGAACGAUGAUCGGGUCUGGAAUAUUUGUAUCGCCAUCUGGUUUACUAGUGAGAACUGGUUCCAUUGGUGUGAGCUUUAUUAUAUGGAUGGCCUGUGGGUUGCUCUCAUUGUUAGGUGCAUUGGCGUACGCUGAGUUAGGCACGAUGAACACAUCUUCCGGAGCAGAAUGGGCAUACUUUAUGGACGCGUUCGGCGCUUGGCCUGCAUUCCUGUUCUCGUGGGUGUCGACGCUGGUACUGAAACCAUCCCAGAUGGCAAUCAUAUGUCUAUCAUUUGCCCAGUACGCCGUCGAAGCCUUCGUGGCCGAGUGCGAUCCGCCGCAUACCGUUGUGAAAAUGGUUGGAAUACUAGCGAUUGUGUGCAUUUUAUUUGUAAAUUGUUAUAGUGUUAAUUUAGGGAUGGCCGUACAAAAUAUCUUUACCUCUGCAAAACUGGUCGCGGUUCUGAUUGUCAUCUGUGGCGGUGCCUACAAGUUAUUCCAGGGCAACACGCAACAUCUUCAGAAUGCAUUUACUGGACCGACGCCCUCGUUGGGGGCGAUCGCGACGGCGUUCUACACCGGCCUUUGGGCCUACGAUGGUUGGAACAAUUUGAACUACGUCACUGAGGAAAUACAGAAUCCCAGCAAAAAUUUACCGCGUUCGAUCAUGAUCGGAAUACCGCUGGUUACACUCUGUUAUGCCCUGAUUAACGUUUCCUACCUGGCGGCAAUGUCCCCGACGGAGAUGAUCGAAUCGGAAGCCGUUGCUGUUACCUUCGGUAACCGCAUCCUGGGUAUAAUGGCUUGGCUAAUGCCACUGAGUGUUACCAUUAGUACAUUCGGUAGCGCCAAUGGUACCCUGUUCGCCGCCGGAAGAUUGUGCUUUGCCGCUAGCCGCGAGGGUCAUUUGUUAGAUAUUCUGUCCUACGUCCACGUACGCCGUCUGACACCGGCUCCCGGACUGAUUUUCCAUUCACUGAUUGCCGGUUCGAUGGUCCUGUACGGUACAAUUGACUCUCUGAUUGAUUUCUUCAGUUUUACGGCUUGGAUUUUCUAUGGCGGUGCAAUGCUUGCUUUGAUCGUUAUGCGUUACACCAAGCCCAACUAUCCGAGACCGUACAAAGUCCCGCUUAUCAUUCCAAUAUUGGUUAUGGUCAUCUCCGGCUACCUAGUGUUGGCACCCAUUAUUGAAAAACCGCAAAUCGAGUACCUGUAUGCAGUGUUGUUCAUCUUUGCCGGUUUCAUAUUCUACAUCCCGUUCGUGCACUACGGCUACCAUCCCAAAUGCAUGAACAAUUUUACGCUCUUCUUCCAAAUGCUUUUUGAGGUCGUGCCAACCACCUCGAUGGCCAUGUUCGACUGAAACGAGUUGCAACCGUGGAGAAAAGACACAAUCACUAAUUGAAUCUAUUCAGCUGUAGACUAAAAGAAAUCAUAUGUAUUCGUACACAAAUGCUUAAGCAUAGCAAAAUUAAAUACAAAACCAAACGAAACAAAUCUUAUAGCAAUAUCAAGUAGAUUGAAAUAAAAAAAACCAGCAUGAUUAUGAAGCCGGCAUAGUGCUAAGGAUGUGCCAAUCACAUUGAAGAAUGAUUGAAUGAGGAUAGGAGAAACACCAAAUAUGCAAGAAACUGAACACUACAGUUUGUUAGAAAAGCAACAGCAAAGACACUGCUCAAAAUCUAAAAAAAAAGAAACGGAUAUUUGUUUUCUCUAUUUUGGAAAAUUAUACAGGAAAUGGUUCAAAUCCGAUGAAGGUUGCACAUCAGUAUGGACCUAUAAGUAAGAGAAAUGAAAGUUUUUGAUGAAAAAGACUAUUUUUAUAAACGAUUUAAACCAGACCAAUCAAAUCAACAUCGUUUUGGGGACACCGGAAAUCCGUUACGAAAAUGAGCCUUAAUGUAGUCCCAUGUAGGCAACGUAGCGCUAAGUGACGGUGUCCACAAAGAUACUAAAAAAAUCAAAUCAGGAUAUGUAUUUUAUGAGCCAAAACCGAUUUGAAAAAGCACUCAAUUCAUGUUUCCUUCGUGUCCAUACACUGCAAUAAUUAAUUUAUACAACACAUAAAACAUUGUUCGCCAAACAAACAAACAAACAAAGAAAAAUAAGCUCCCUAGAAGAGAGGUUCGUGUUUAUCCUAAGUGUGAUAUUUGUAGCAGCAUUUGGAAAAUAUUUGGGACUGUAUCUUAUGAAGACAAAAUGAAAAAAUGAAAAAGCUAAGCUGCACGGAUCAUUCCCAAAUGGUCGAUCCCUGAACGAUCAUAUAUUUAUAAUGGAAGCUGUCGUUUAGUCGGUAAUUUGAUAAUUUAAAAUAAAGAAAGUAAAUCUGUUUUUUGGGGAUCGAUCAUUGCCUCAUCAGUUUGGUGCAGGAGCUGGUGAAAUCGAAAUUUCUUUACUCUAUCACACUCAGCCAACGAGAAGACUCGUACAGCUAAGCACAAUGACACUUGAGUUUUGACUGAACCGUAAAACUAUAGUUUAAUGAAACAUAAACCCUCGAUAUAGGGAGCGAGGAACGAGUGUGAAUAAUUGAGAUUCAAUGCUAAAAAAUAAAUUCUAUUGUUGUAUCUAUUCGUAACCGGUAGGUCUCCUACAUUACGUAAGUUGUUUGUAGUGUGUUUGCAGACCGAUCCGAUCGGUACACUGAGGAGCUAUCAUUCCGUACCGACGGAUCGGCAUGCAAUUAGUUUGUUUAGUUUUAGUUUUUUUUUAAUUUUAUUUAUUUGCUUUACUUUAUCAAAUGUCACAUUUUCUCACUGACAAUGUGGUAGCUGCAAUAAGUCGUACAUUGGUAAAUAAUUGAUUCAAACUGAAAUUGUGACAAAAAAUAAUGCAAUUGCCUAAUUCGCAAUAAUUCGUUGUGAGAUAGACUUCCGAAGGAUUUUGCAAGAGUUUAUACAAAUAGUCGUGAUAAAGAAGAUAGUAGCCUAUAAAACAUUGUCGACUAGCAAAGAGAAAUGUUGGCAUAUGAGUACUUAUAGAAUUGAGAAAACUAUAUAAUGGUAGCCCAGUAUCACUAAUCACAACUAUUAAAUGCAAAUCUCAAAAAGGAAUUUGGAAUAAAGAGUAAAUUAUUUUAACAAAAA